AUGGAAAACCGCAUCAAACGGCGCGUGAUGCGGCAGCUCCAGCGCGAUAUCAGCCGCGACAUCCAGCAGAUGCUGGAUGAGCGGGAUGUCAUCAUUAACAAGCUCUGUCAGGAGAAUCGAGAGCUGAAGGAGAUCGUCGCGCAGCGCCUUGGAGGGGUGUUUCAAGAUAGCGACCCCCAGCUCUUCACCCUUUCUCCCGACUAG